AGUCUGUCAACUAAAACUCACUUAACUGCGUUGUUUAAUGUUUAGGACUUCUAAAAAAUUUAUUUGUCUGUGAUGGUGAUUGAUUGUACCUAGAAACGUAGAAAGCUGUAAAUAUAGAAAGCAUUUAUCACUAUGACAGUCAAACUUAUAGCUUCAAGUAUUUUUGGCAUCCAGUGUAGGAACAUUAUUUUGUCUUGGCAUUUAGUAUCUGUCAUUCUAUUAUUAAUUGCUGUUGGGAUGUCAAGAGUAACAGCAACAGAAAUCACAACCCUUGAUGCCAGCACAAGUAGUAGUUCAGCAUUACUGCCAGUGUUAGCGUCUGCAAAUUCAUCCAGUAAUGACAGUGAACCAGCUAAAGGGCCUCAAGCACCAGACUGUUCAGUAAAUGUAGAUGAAGAAUGUCCUGAUAACUUAGAAUGUAAUCGAUUGGGAGGGGAUUGCAUCAACUGUACCUUCAAUGAAUCUUGUAUAUAUGGAACCAAGCAAAAGGCUAUUUGCACCCCAAAGCAAUUUGUAAAUUGUACUGGAAAUCAGACUUUUGAAAGAGAAUAUGAAUGUCGUUAUUGCUAUCAGUUACCACAGCAGUUGACUUGGUGUAAUAAAACUAUAGACUGUGCCUUAAACAGACCUCGCAAUUACUAUCCUGCCAGACCUUUCUAUGUCAGUACAUGUUGGACCAAGAAGGAAUAUCUGUGUAUGGGGCGAAGAUGCUUCCCUAAGCAACUGUCUUGCAAUUGGUCUCAAGGUUACAAGUGGUCAACAGCACUGCUUUUAAGCAUUUUCCUAGGCGGUUUCGGAGUGGAUAGAUUUUAUCUGGGUUUAUGGAGAGAAGGAAUUGGGAAGCUAUUAAGUUUUGGUGGCUUAGGAGUGUGGACAUUGGUUGAUGUAAUUCUGAUAUCAGUUGGAUAUGUUGGACCAUGGGAUGGAUCACUGUAUAUUUAAUUUCUGUACUUACUUUAUUAUUGACAUUUUGUGUUAAACUUGUAUUUUUAUGUAUUUAUUUUGGAAAUUAAAUUUGAACCAACCGUCUUCAUAACUAAUUUUUUAAAAAUUCUCUUAUACUACAUGUCCUUAUUAUUUGGAUAACAACAGUUUAAAUAAAGUGGGAGUGAUCUCCCCUAGACUUUC